CAAAUAAAUAAACCUAAUCCAAUGAAAAUAAAUACAGUGCACCAUGUGCCUUACAACCAAAUUUUUUUUUAAAAAAUGGAUAUAUUACUAUUAUAUGAUAUUGCUAUAUAUAUAUAUAUAUAUAUAUCCAGAGACUUAGCUUGAGGUUGAUUGAGUUGAAUUGACCAUUGCACUGCAGAGAGAAUGUCUAAAGUAGAAGGCACUUGACGAGUUUACAAGUGGAAUUGAGGUCUCUUGGGUUUCCGAUCGGCGAUAUCUGAUAUUUUCUUCAGUUUCACGGCUACAUCAUUCAACAUAUCAGGUCAAGUUUCUCCUCUCUCGUAUAUCUCUUACUGUAAUAUCUGCAGCAAUCUUUCUUUUUAAUUGUUCUCUAUGUAACUCUGAGGCUUUAAAGAUACGAUUCAGACACCAAAAAGGAUAGAUUUUCCUGUCAUAUGCUCAAACUUCCUAGAAAGAACGAAAAAUGCAGAGCAAAUGAUGGAUAAGCAAAGUAUAGCUAAUGGCAUUCUGGUUCCUUUAGAGGAAUAUAUACUCUGCUAUUUAGUGUCGCCUAAUCUCAGGGAGUCAAUUCAAGGAAGAUGAAGGUCAUUAGAAAAUCUUAAGCAUAAAAAAUGUUUAUUUUCGUUGAAAAUUGAAAGCUUUGGUGAUGAGUUGGGCUGUAAAAGAAACUUACUUAGGGUAAAAGUCACACCAAUAAGAUCUGCAGGCCACAUUUGGCAUGUAGAUGGAUUUUGAAGGAAUGAGAAUGAAGAUAAGGAUAAAAAAUUGCCUUUACAAACAUGUUUGAUAUAAUGGGCUGUUUCAAAAGAAAGGUUGUAUAACUUCUGUUUGGUGGUACGUGGGUUUUAAACAUCGCAAAGGGAUUGAAUUUAAUAAAAGGCUAUCUUGCUAGAGGCUUGCACAAACAAUCCGCCAAUAAGAUACUUAAAUGAAUAACAAGACUUAUACUCGAGCUCUUCUGAGGCAGAUGAUGAGCACUUACCAAUUGGAACAUAAUUUGUUAGCUAAAUUUCAUUACGGCUGAAGAGAAUAUAAUCAAUUUGCAUUUUUAAAUUUUUUGCAGGUCCAUCAAAAGAUUGUAAGAAAAUGGAGAUAUUGGACAACCAAAAUGAAGAAAAAACAGAUUUGUUAUGCUCCUUAAAAGCCAAAUUACAAGCUAUAGAUUCUUUGGAGCUUCCCUUAUCAUCAGGAUGUUGCAUCUACAAAGUGCCACCAAAAAUUCGGCAAGUGAAUGAAGAAGCCUACACCCCUACCUUGAUAUCAAUUGGUCCGUUUCAUCAUGGAGACAAGAGACUGGAAUCCAUGGAGGAGGUCAAACUGUGGUGCCUUAACAACUUUCUAAAGAGGAGUAAAGAGAAAUUGUUGGAGGAUUAUGUUCAAGCUGUAAGAGACUGGGAAGAUGAAACUAGACGUUGUUAUUCAGAAACCAUACCGAUGAAGAGCAAUGAUUUUGUAAGCAUGAUUCUAACCGAUGGUUGCUUCAUCAUUGAGUACUUUCUCUCAUAUCUAGGGCUGUUAGAACAAAACCCUUGGCGUUUUAAAUUAUGGCCAACGUGUGACAUAAACCUAGACUUGAUUUUACUCGAGAAUCAAUUGCCAUUUUUCGUCCUUAAAGGCCUAUUUGACCUAACUUUUCCCACUGGCUUCAAUGAUAGGUUUUCAUUCACUGAGAUAGCCUUCAAUUUUUUUAGGAGAGUGUUCCUACACCAUAUUGUUACAAAAAAGGAACUCCGUUGCAAGUUUACUUUUAAGUAUUUUCAACAACACUACCUUGAACAGACGACUACUACUCAAUUUGAAUCAUCUACAGUCACAAGAGUGAUCCAUCACCUGAAUGCUAUGCUAAGGAUGUUUUACCUACCAAAUCAAUUACCAAGAAGAGAAUUUGGCAAAGUGAAGCCUGUGUAUGGUGCAAGACAACUACGAGAGGCAGGGAUCAAAUUUCAGGUCAAUGAACAACAGAAAAGCAUUACUCAUUUGAAAUACUCAAAGGGAGUGUUGAAGAUACCAUAUUUUCAGAUCAGUGAUUGGACUGAGAUGGUGAUUAGAAAUAUGGUUGCAUUUGAGCAGUGUCACCUUGCUCUUGAGAGCUAUGUGACUGAUUAUGUGACCCUCUUGAACUAUCUUAUUGACACUGGAAAAGAUAUUGAGCUGCUAGUUGAGAAAGGAAUCAUGGACAACUUGUUGGGCAGCAAUGAUGAAGUGGCUUCCCUAGUCAACAGCCUUGACAAAAAUACUGUGUUCAUGACUUGCAACAGUGAUUAUCAAUCUCUAUGUGAAGAAUUGAACAAGUUCUACGAGAAUCCCUACCACAAGUACAAGGCAGUCUUUAAGCAUGAGUACUUGAGCACCCCUUGGAGAAUAGCAUCUUUUAUUGCUGCAAUUUUGCUCCUUAUACUCACUCUAAUUCAAACAAUAUGCUCUCUCCCCUUUAUUAAUAAAUAGGCAGGCCAAAAGUAGUUGUGUAACACAAAUUGAAAUGUGCAAGUUUUCUAUCUGAUUUGGCUUGUCA